AUACAGUAGGGCCAACUGAAAGGAGCAUAGUUUUGUGUAAAGACACGAACGGUUUACAGAUCACACCUUUAAAGGCAGAAGUCAAUUCAAAAGGCACACUAGGGAGAACUAAUAAAAAAGAUCCUGAAAUAUCUUCCUUACUUAUAAUGGAGGACAAAUCAAACAGUUCACAAAGUCAUACCUGCUCAGAAGAGCCAUCUGUGAGCAGUAAUGGUGAUGUUUCUUGUCCUGUGGACAUUAAAGUUGAAGGUAAAACUGGAAAGAAGAAAAAGAAGAAAAACAAAAAAAAUAGUUCAUGCCAAAAGAAAACAGAUUCUGAAUGUUUUGGCAACACAGUUAAAGAUCCGUUAUCACAGUCACAACAGAUGCCUAAUCAGAACAAAAACAGGUCUGCAGGAUCAAAGCAAGAAAAAAGCAAGAAUGCAUCAGCUAGGUCUACCUGCGACCAGUCCACCCAGACAGAGUCUUCCCAGACCCAGUCUGUCCAAACGCAGUCAACUCAAACUCCCCCAGACCAGAGUACACACUCACCAGCAACAGAAUCCAAGCCAACCCAGACAAUCAUGUCCAGCUUUCCCUUACACCAGGCAUACUGGGGAAAAUCUUCCAUGGAUGUGUCUGCUUCGGAACAGAAACCUCAGUCAUGUUCCACAAGCAACCAGCUGACUGUGAUCUGUUGGAACAUAGAUGGCCUGGAUCCAGAAGAUGUUUUUGCUCGAUGUAAAGGCCUGCUGUCACACUUAGGAAAGUACCGUGCAGAUGUGGUAUUGUUACAGGAGCUGGUUCCCCCUUAUUUGAGUCAAUUGCAGAACAUUAUGAAAGAUUAUGAGUUUCUGCAAAGCAGUCAGGAGGGCUAUUUCACCGGCAUUUUGCUCAGAAAGGACAGAGUGCAGUUACUUGAGAGCAACAUUGUGAAGUAUCCCACCACAGAGAUGGGUAGAAAUCUUCUAAUAGCAAAAGUUAGCAUUUCAGGUCAUCCAUUGUGCAUUAUGACAUCUCACUUGGAAAGCUGCAAGGCCAGCUCGCAGGAACGCUUAAACCAGCUACGCCGAGUCUGGAAAUGGAUGAAAGAGGCACCGCAGGACCAUACAGUUAUAUUUGGAGGAGAUACCAACCUUAGAGAUUGGGAGGUGAAAAAGCUUGGGGGGCUCCCGGAUGGUAUCAACGAUGUGUGGGAAAUGCUGGGGGAACCAGAAGAAAGCAGAUAUACCUGGGACACGUCUAUCAAUGAUAAUAACGAAAUCCCUAAUUCCAUACGUCUACGAUUUGAUCGGCUUUUCCUCAGGCAAGCAGCAGAAGGUGCUCGGCUACAGCCUGAAACAAUGACCCUGAUUGGUCUGGAGAAGCUGAAGUGUGACUAUUUCAUCAGUGAUCAUUGGGGCAUCCUUUGUACGUUGUUAUUUGGGUCGGCAUAACAACAAUGUCUGUGUCUGCAAUUUUUGUUUUUAUGGCCUUUACAAAUUUUAAUGAAAUGGCUCUGUAUCAUAAGCUUAUUUUAAGUCAUUGCUGGUAAAUGAUCUUUGUGUUAAACUCUAGUUUAAACAUUAGCAUAUUAGCUAUAAAAUAAUAAUUUAUGGACAUCUGGCAAAAUAAAAUAAUAAUAUGUACAGCUUUUAUGUUUUUUGCAUGGUACAGUUCAUUAGUGAAAGUAUGCAAUUGCUUUAUUUGUCCACUAGAGGGAACCUCAAGCCUGUGAUUCUUAUGCAAGUUGCAUCCUUUAAAGUAAGAGUUCCCUUGGAAGUAAAUGGGGCG